AUGUCUCUUGAGGAAUAUAACAAGCAAGAUCCCCUAGGUCUCGAUGGCGACAAGCACGAGGGGGUUGAUUCGAACACCCUUGAGGUCCGAGCCGAUGACCCAUCAUUCCAAGACCUCGUCAAUGAUCCUCACAGGGGUCUUCGGAUGCGACAUAUUCAGCUGCUCUCGAUUUCCGGUGCAGUCGGCGCAGGAGUUUUCGUUUCUAUCGGCGGUCCAUUGACUUCUGCUGGUCCACUCGGUUUGCUUAUCGGUAUCAUCGUAUGGUCCACGGUAAUUAUCGGUGCAAGUAAUUGUCUUAUUGAGAUGACUACUCUUCUUCCCAUCGAUGGUGGCUUCAUCACUUUCGCCGGUCGAUUCAUGGAUGAAACUAUUGGUAAAGCCGUUGGAUGGAAUUUCCUUCUUGCUCAAGCGACUUUGGUGUGCUUCGAGCUUACAGCCUUGAACGUUAUGAUUCAAUAUUGGACUCUCACCCUGCAUCCUGCUGUGGCCAUCAGUGUUGGUAUCGUGCUUUUUGCUACUCUCCAGCUGUACUCGGUCAGAUGGUUCGGUGAAGCCGAAUUUUGGAUUUCUAUAUUCAAGAUCAUCCUUCAGAUUGGUCUGACCCUCUACACACUGAUUGCCAUGUGCGGUGGAAACCCCAAACACGAUAAAUUUGGAUUCCGAGCUUGGAAGGAUCCUGGACCUUUUGCUGGCGAAACAGCCGCGUUGAGGAUGAAAGGUAUCUGGGAUGCAGUCCUCUGGGCAUGUUUCGCUCUUGGCGGUCCCGAUUGGAUCUCUUUGAUUGGUGGUGAAGCUCAAAAUCCUCGAAAGAUCCUCCCUAAAGCCUUUAACAGCACGGUAAUACGUAUUGUUGGGUUUUUCGUCAUUGGUGGUCUUUGUGUUGGUAUCAAUGCUCCAUCCAAUGACCCAGCACUGCUUGGCGCCAUAGCAGCAGGUGCGCCAGGUGCUGCCAAGUCCCCAUAUAUCAUCUCAAUGAAUCGGCUUGAAAUUCCUGUUUUACCAGACAUCGUGAAUGCUUUGGUCAUGUUAUCAAUCUUCAGUACUGGUAAUGCAGCUUUAUUCACAAGCUCAAGAGCCCUGUACACCCUCUCUCUCAAGGGCGGAGCACCCAGCAUCUUCAAGAGACUCAAUAGAAACGGUGUCCCAUAUGUGGCGGUGACGGCAAUCCUGUUGUUCAGCACCUUGGCUUACCUUUCCGUCAAUUCUGGCUCUGUCGUCGUACUGAACUGGUUCCUUUCUUUGGUUGGUGCAGCCAAUCUGGUCAACUGGACAUCCAUUGCACUUACUUACAUGCGAUUCCGAAAAGGGUUAAUCGCCCAAGGUCGAUUAAACAACGAUUUCCUUCCUGUCCGAGCAUGGCUUCAACCCCUGUCCAGCUGGUGGGUCGUCAUCGCCGCUCCCAUAGCAUUCGUCGCAAGUGGAUACGCCUUGAUGGUACCAGGUGGAUGGGCAGGGGAUAGUUUCGUCUUCACCUACGGAGCGGUCUUUAUCUUUGCUGGAUUCAUCAUCUUCUUCAAGACUUAUGAUGUACUAGUCAAGAAGAAACCUCUCAAGAUGUUUAUACCAGCGGAAGAGAUCGACGUCACCACAGGAUUGGACGUGAUCGAAGCGUUAACUGCUGCUAGUAAUAUCCAGGACGAACAGGAUAAAAAGACGAUGGGUAGAAAAGUGUCAGAUUUCUUCUUCUAG